GGCAGAGGAAAGACGCGAGUUCCGCAGGAGGCCGAGGAAGGCGGAGGAAGAGGAGGAAGGGGAGGACGAGCCAGGGGCGGAGAGCGCCGGGCGGGUUGCCCCGCAGGUCGUCUCGAACGUUCCAGAUCUCUACCACUACCUGAUGCUGCUGAUAAACUCAGGAUGGCUUUAAACUCAGGGCCCCCGCCAGGUGUCGGACCUUUCUACGAAAACCAUGGAUACCAGCCUGAAGGCCUGUACCCCCCGCGGCCCGCCGUGGUCCCCGGCGCCUACUCGGUGUAUCCGGCUCCCUACUACCCGCCCGCGGUGCCCCAGUACGCGCCGAGGGUGCUGACGCACACUUCCACGCCCAGCAGCCACACGCGGCCCAAGUCCCCGUCGGGGACAGUGUGCACCUCAAAGGCGAAGAAAGUGCUCUGUAUCACCUUCACCCUGGGGGCCGUCCUGGCGGGAGCCGUGCUGGCCGCUGUCCUGCUCUGGAAGUUCAUGGAAAACAAGUGCUUGGUGUCCGGGAUCGAGUGCGGGUCCUCGGGAACCUGCGUCAGCCCCUCUCACUGGUGUGACGGGGUCCUGCACUGCCCCAGCGGGGAGGACGAGAACCGAUGCGUGCGCCUCUACGGACCGAACUUCAUCCUCCAGGUGUAUUCGUCCCAGAGGAAGUCGUGGCACCCCGUGUGUCAGGAUGACUGGAGCGAGGGCUACGGAAGGGCCGCGUGCCAGGACAUGGGCUACCGGAAUAGUUUCUAUUCUAGCCACGGAGUAGCGGAUGACAGUGGGGCCACCAGCUUUAUGAGGGUGAACACAAGUGCUAACCAUAUGGAUCUCUAUAAGAAACUGUACCACAGUGAUGUCUGUUCGUCAAAAACCGUGGUUUCUUUACGCUGUAUAGAGUGCGGGGUCACCGCGAAGAUGGGCCGCCAGAGCCGCAUCGUGGGCGGGACCGGCGCCUCCCCGGGGGACUGGCCGUGGCAGGCCAGUCUGCACGUCCAGGGCGUCCACGUCUGCGGAGGCUCCGUCAUCAGCCCCGAGUGGAUCGUGACGGCCGCCCACUGUGUGGAGGAACCACUGAACAACCCACGGCACUGGACGGCCUUCGUGGGAAUUUUGAGGCAAUCUUUCAUGUUCUAUGGACACGGGUACCGAGUGGGAAAAGUGAUCUCCCACCCGAACUAUGAUUCCAAGACCAAGAACAAUGACAUCGCUCUUAUGAAGUUGCAGACGCCUCUGACUUUUGAUGACAAAGUGAAGCCGGUGUGCCUGCCCAACCCAGGCUUGAUGCUCGAGCCGGAACAGCCGUGUUGGAUUUCCGGGUGGGGGGCCACCCACGAGAAAGGGAAAACCUCGGACGAGCUGAACGCCGUCAUGGUGCCCCUCAUCGAGCCCUGGCGUUGCAACAGCAAGUACGUCUACAACAACCUGGUCACGCCGGCCAUGAUCUGCGCGGGCUACCUGCAGGGGACCAUCGACUCCUGCCAGGGUGACAGUGGAGGCCCCCUGGUCACCAUGAAGAGUCACAUCUGGUGGCUGAUUGGGGACACGAGCUGGGGUUCAGGCUGUGCCAAAGCCAACAGACCAGGCGUGUAUGGAAAUGUGACCAUAUUUACGGACUGGAUUUAUCGACAAAUGAGGGCAAACGGCUAAUCCGCGUGGCCUUUGUCCUCGACACCGUUCCACAAGAAAAUGAAGGGGCUGAUUUUUAACUCCCCGUGCGUGAUGUGCUGUAUUUUUAGAAAUGAUUCGAAGGUCCUUUCGUUGUUAUUAAAUAGUGUAUUUGUCUGUC